UACAUUAAAAAAAAUCUUUGAUUGAAAAUUUUCGAGCUCAUUUGUUGUUAUGAAAGAAACUGUACAGAUAAUAGAGCUGGGACAAAUGGAUUUAACAUGAUAUUAAAGAAAUGGACCUGUUUUACCGGAAAUCUGGACCAGCUAGACUUGAGGACAAUGACCAAGUCUACCAAAAACCUAGGACCAGGGGUAUUAUAUCCAGACCUUUGUCACUGGUUGUGAUAAUUGUAUUAGCUUUGGGCUUAUUGUUGACACUACUUAACAUCUAUGAGCUCCAUAAGAUGAGGGAGGACUAUGCUGCACACCUCAUACCAACAAUGGAAGCUAAAGAAGGAAAAUAUGCUACCAAACAACCUAUAGUAUGGAUAGAAGGCAAAAAUAAACACAGUGGCUACUUGAAGCAUAUUUUUGCUGUCUUUGAUAGAAUAGGUUAUGCUGUGGGUGAUGCUGAGUCAGAUUGGGAUGUUCUCUGGUCACAUGAAUACCCAUUUGAAAGUCUUUCCAAAAAGAUUUCAACUGCUAAACCUCAUCAGAAGAUUAACCACUUUCCAGGAUCAGGGUAUAUCACAAACAAAGUUUAUUUAGCUACAACUAACACUUCCUUCAUUCCAAAGGCAUUCAAGAUUCCAUCAGAGACAAAGAAAUUCCUAGCAUAUACUAAAAAACAUCCAAAUAAAAUGUGGGUACAGAAAAAGAACACACACAGAGGAGUAAAGAUAAAGAAGACUAAUGAACUUGACCUUGAAAGCACUGGAUCAUUUGUUCAGCAAUAUAUAGACAAACCUUUAUUGAUAGAUGGAAGGAAGUUUGACAUAGGAAUAUAUGCUGUUAUCACAUCAAUAGAUCCACUGAGGGUUUACAUUGUAGAUGAUGAAGCCUUGUAUAGAUUCUGUACCAAGAACUACCAUCCAUUUGAUCCCUAUGAUACUAAGAAGUAUGUAGUAGAUGAUGACUAUAUACCUGUAUGGCAGAUGCCAUCUUUAAUGAAGUAUUACACAGAUUUGGGAUACUCUUUUAAAGAAACUUUCAGCAUGUACCUUAAAAGUAAAGGAUUGGAUUAUGAAAAGAUGUGGAUGGAUAUGAGAGAAACAGUUGCCACAGUAGCCGUUCAGAAAGAACACAAUUUUAUAAACAUACUGAAGAAAUACAGAAGUUCCAGGAACUUUUUUGAGAUGAUGAGAUUUGAUUUUGUGUUAGAUGAAGAUUUAAAUGUUUAUUUAAUGGAAGCAAACAUGUCUCCCAAUCUGUCAUCUGCACAUUUCAGUGCCAAUACUCGGCUGUAUGAACAUGUGAUAUUUAACCUAUUAAGUUUAGUUGGAAUUGCUAGAUCUGUUACAAGUCCAUUUGAAAACAGUGGAGAAGAUGAGAAAGCUAUGGUAUCAUCCAACAGAGACAUUGCAGUGUUUCCUGAUUGGUGCAGUGGUAAAAAAUGUCAGAAUAAUUGUUUGCCAGAGAAAUGCCAUCUUUGUAACCAGUGCCUUACAUUAGAACUGAAGAAAAGUCUUAAAUCUGCCUACCAGGAACAUAUGAAUAGGAGAGGAUGUAGAAGGGUUUUCCCAUAUUUCAAUAUGACUCAGUAUGAAGCACGUCAUUGGAAACCAGACAACGCAAAUAAGGAGUAUAAAUGGUUUAAUGCUAAAAAUAAACUCAUGUACAUGUGGUUUGUUGGGAAAUGUCAACAAGACCAGUCAUGGUGUUCUUAGUUGUAGGAGAAGAUUCUUUGUUAGUAUGGCUUAUUGGUGCAGAAAUAACUCAGAAAAAUAGAAGAAGUGAAGAACAAGAUCAAAGGACAAAGGGGAAAAUUUAACAAAAAUAUAGCAUAUAUUAAAUGAAUAAAUUCAGUUUUAAAGUAAAAAAGUGUAUUGUAAUUCAAACAUUCUAAAUUCUAGUACUGCGAUUUUGUAAGCUACUAAAAGUAGAGUCAUAGGUGUAUCUACUUAAUUUGUUAAACAUAUUAUUUUUAUGUUUACUAUGUUUAAAUAUAGAUAUAUAUAGAUACAUCUUCCUAUAUCUAUGAAACAUUUUGACAGUCAUUAGUUUUUAGUCCCCUACUGACGAAGUCGAAGGGGACUUUAGGUUUGCACUCCAUCCGUCUGUCCGUCCGUCCGUCCGUCCGUCUGUCCAUCUGUCCGUCUGUCCAUCCGUCAGUCCGGUAAAUCAGCUUUCCACACUUUUUUUCUUCGUUCUUGAAGAUAUUGAUUUGAUAUUUGGUAUAUAGUUUUAUCAUGACAAGUUAUAGAUCAAGUUCGAAUUUUGUUCCAGUUUGAUGAUUUAGUUCAGAGUUAUGGACCAUAACUCUAGACCAUAUCUAAUGUUAGAGUACUAUGUUAAACCAUAUUUCUGUACAAAGGGAGAUAACUCAUUUUUUUAAAGACAUUCUCUGUUAAAUUAUUUGAAGAAUUUUUUGGCAGGUUUGUUUGUUAUUUGGUAUAAACUAAUUUUCUAAAUGCUAUAUAUAUAAAAAAAAAUUAUGAAGAGAAAUCCUUUAAUUAGAUAAUAAUCUAUUUUUAUUAAUGUAUAUAUUUCAAUACAUUACAUUGUGUAGAUAAAAGUUGUUGACAUUUUAUAGAUAAGUUACAAAUCUAUAUUAGUUUGUGACAAAUGAAAGAAAAGAUAUUUGGAACUAUUAAUUAUAUUUGAUUAUAAUUUGAAAAUAGAUAUACACUGUAUUACAUCAUAUCUUAUUUAAGAGAACUAUUAAUCAUAUCUAAUGUUUUUUUCACUCAUAUAAUCAGUUUUCCACACUGUUUUUAGUCAUGCUUGAAGACAUUGACAUGAUAUUUACUUUUUGUUUACACCAUGACAAGUUAUAGAACAAGUUAGCAUUUUGUUCCAGUAAAAUGAAUUUUUAACUGGUAGGGGACUAUGUAUUGCCAUGCAAUACUCUCAGAAUGCUUGUUAUAUAUUAUUAUACAAAGAAUGAUUUCACUGAUUUCAUUUAAAAUGUUCAAACCAGAAUAAUUUGUAUGACUGCAAAAUGCUUAAAUUUUUAUCAAAGAUGAUUUGUUUUUAUUUUAAAAAAAAAGCAUCCUUUUAUACUUUCAAUAUCUCAACUACUUUUCACAUCCUUAAAAAUUUGAUUGAAAUAUGACUUUAUACAGAUUAUCAAGUCCUCUAAAUGAGAUCUCUUCUUAUAUAAACCAUGCUACUCAUUUGGAGUGUUAUAUCAAUGUUUAAGCAAAGAAAGCACAGUAGCUUUAAAAACUUCAUAAAACCUGAUAAAUUAAGCAAGGUUCAUCACUUAGUUCCCUGCUUAUACUGUUUAGAAUCAUUUGGUAUAAAGUUAAGAGUCUGACUCACAUAACCUGAAUGUGUAGGACAACUAGCUUGAUGUAGAAAGGAACCACUUUAUAUUGCUUUGAUCAUGUCCAGUGUAGGCUGUACAUUCAUUUAAACCAACUGAAAUAUCUAUUGAUUUUCCCUUACUAGUGACUGGCAAAAUUUGUCAGAAUGAUGGACAAAACUACUAGGAUUUCUGAAGAAAUAAAUGCUGUGGUCUUGUGUUUCACAAAAAGUUGUAUACCGGUAAUUUUCAACAACUGUUAAUUUGUAUAGUUUUUUAAUUAAUAUGACUGGUUGUAGGUUUUAGAACAAUUUGUGGAACACAGACCCGUUUUUUAUUUUUUUUAAAUUAUAUAGCACAAGCUUUCUUCUGCCAAAUUAUAUUUGCCAUCUUGUCCUUCAUUUCAAGUUUCAUAUGUCUAAACUUUUUAUGUUGAAUAUCAUUUUAUUUUUAGAUACAAAUUACAUAUUAUAUAUAAUAAUUCAUCCAUAUUGUCAAUAAAGAAAAAGUGCAAUAAGAUUUAUGAUGUGGUCCCAUUUUAUACGUAUGUGUGUGUGUGCAAGUUUAUAAUAUAGCUCAAUAUGUAAAUAGGAAGUCUGAUGUUUUUUUAAUUUUUUUAUAAAGGUUCUUGUUUAUAUUAUCAUUAAAUAUUAUAUGCUUGCAUUUAUUUUGUAUCAGCAUAAUAUUUUUUAUGUAUUAGAAUGUAACAUUUACUACUAUUGUGGAUAUUUUUGUAUUGUUAAGGGUGCCAGUUUAAGUGGAUAGAGGAAAAAAUGGAUAUGUGGAUAUUUGACUUCAUGGUUUUGAUAAAUUCUGCAUACAAGGAAAUGUGUGCCUUGUCUAAGGUUAAAUUUCUCAGCUUGCCUACUCAAACAAAACCCAUUAAGAUUAGUACCAAAUAGAUAAUCAUAAAUCUUUGGAAUUAUUUAAAUCUAUAAUUUGCUCAAUUGUUUAAUAUCAAAAUUAGAAUUCUGUAAACUCAGAAUUAAUUGCAUGCAUGUAAUUGUAGGAACCUACAGCAACUAGAUCUAAAACUGAUGAGAAUUUAAUAAAUGUGAUAGCAGAAAAAUUAGUAACAUGAUGAUUUUUUAGCUCACCUGGUUCAAAAGGCCAAGUGAGCUUUUCUCAUCACUUGGUGUCUUUCGUCAUCCGUUGUCAUGAACUUUUACAAAAAUCUUCUCCUCUGAAACCAAUGUGUCAAAUUCAACCAAACUUUGCCACAAUCAUUAUUGGGGUAUCUGGUUUGAAAAAUGUGUCCGAUGACCCUGUCCGCCAAUCAAGAUGGCCGACAUGGCUAAAAAUAGAACAUAGGGGUAAAAUGCAAGUUUUGUCUAUAAUUUUGAAAACUGUUAUAAAUAGAGAAAUUCUGAUAGGGCAAAAAUGUUCAGAAUAAUGAGCUCUACUCAUUGUUCAUUGACAUCAAAACUGUCAGGCGACAUUUAUAGGAGUUAUUGCCCUUAAAUGACAAAUUUUACCAUUUUUUUCAUAUUUAUGCCCCACCUAUGAUAGAUGUAAACAGACUAAAUGAUCAGCAAUACAAGAUCAACAAAAAAAAAAUUUUUGUCAUGAACUCUAUUCUUGUCUACAAUGUUGGAGAGAGUCCAUUGUUGAUUAUGCACAUAGACCUAGAUGAGCAACACAGGCUCUUUAGAAUCUCUAGUUUUUUUUAUGUUUAUCAUGUAUCAUUUUUUGUAUAGAUAUUAAAUUAGUAUUCAUUUCUGAAUUUACAGUUGAGGCACUAGUUUUAUAUUUUUAUAAUUGUAACAAAACCACCUAUAUUUGUCUGUGAUACCAAUCGUAUACAUUUAAACUUUUUAUAUUGAAUCUGGCAUUAGUAAGCGAAUAAAUGGAAAAGGAUCUUAAUUCUAGACAAAAAAACAUUUACUGUUAGUUUAAAAAUUUUUUUUUUAUUUUGGUAUAUAUAUAUUGUUCAUAUUUGAAGUUACUGAAAUUCCAUUUGAUUCCUUAGGUGCACAAUUAUAAGGGCACUAUAAACCAAGUAUAACAUUUAAUGUAUAUUUACAAAAUAAACUUGGUGGCAAAAAGCUGAAAUAGAAUUGAUAAAUAUGGAUUAAAUGUAUUGUUUUGUAACUAAUGUUAUAUCGUAUAUGCAAAGAGAUUAAAUCUUAAGACUUUU